CUCUGAGAAGAUGGAUGUACAUAUGGUGAUGCUUUUUCUCUUGGGAACAUUUGUUAGGUCAGCGGUGGCCCAGUCUUCAGCAGUGACACAGGACAGCGGGAUGAUAUCAGUCAGUGUUGGGGACAACGUGACGAUACAUUGCUUCUAUCAAAGCAACGUGGCGGUGCACUUCUCCUGGUACCGGCAGACCUUUGGAGGCACACCGAAGCUCCUGUCCACCAUUUACAAGUACGAUCAAACGGCCAAGAUGUUCAACAGGAUGGAAAAGAACCCCCGCUUCUCUGUGCUAAAGGAUGAAGGGAUAAAUCAUUUACAAAUCUCUGACGUCCAGGCGUCUGAUUCAGCUACAUACUUCUGUGGUAGUUCACACUCCAACGUGGUGGAAUUUGGAGAGGGAGUCUUUCUCAGUGUCAAAGGACUCAGCAACAGAGCGAUUAUCCAAGAGUCGGCGUCAGAGUCUGUCCACACGGGAGACUCUGUGACUCUCAGGUGUACAGUAGAAAUGGAGACUUGUGCUGGAGAGCACAGUGUGUACUGGUUCAGACACGGAUCUCACCCAGGAAUCCUUCACGGCCAUGGGCCUCAGUGCACAGAGCGCCCUGCACCCGGUCCUCCCUCACAGAGCUGCGUUUACCAUUUGCAGAAGAGCAACCUGAGCUCCUCUGAUGCCGGGACGUACUAUUGUGCUGUGGCUUUGUGUGGGGAGAUGCUGUUCGGCAAUGGGACCAAGCUGGACAUUAUAGAUGAGGUUGAAGCGCUGACGGCACAGAUGAGAAUCUUUGUCUCUCUGUCCAUCACGAGGAGUGGGAUUCUCUUGUUCUUUUUAACCAUUUGUUUCUUGGUUUAUGUCACUAGUAGUUGGCCCUACAAGUGA